GUAGGAACACGACUCACGCCCAGUGCUCUCCAGCGUAUUUACUGACUGAAAAACUCGCCCUGCUGUAGGGCGAUUGAAUUUCUGUUGUGAUCGAGCAAUCUCGGUAACAAGUGGUCAAGCAUUGAGGGCUGGAUUCGCGCCACCUUAUCGUAGUAUCGCCGCACGACCAGCGUCUACACUGCUUGUCCGCAUCUACUCAUCAUCCCUGCGACCCCUUCCCCCAACCCCCUCCCACUUCCAUCCUCUCUCCCCUCUACCUGCUACAUCGGAUCCCGAGGCGGCGCAGCCACCUGUGUGUGUGAUUGCGUUUACCUGUCAGGUAAAGACAACGAGGCGGUGACGACAGCUUGCUUACCUUGAUCAGCUACGCCCACCGGUGGGCGGGAGAGAUAGGAAUCGCGCGCAGGCAGUGCCUUAGCGUGGGUGAAUAUCAGAAGACAAUAUAAGAGCAUCGAAGAUUCCCGUACUCGUUGUAUCCGUGUUUCUCGUGAAGGCAUUCUAGCUUCCUGCGAUCGGAGGAGAAGGCAGGCGGUAGAGUAGGUGACAUCAGAUGCUUCCGGUACUUUCUCUGUCACUGUGUUUCUCGACUAGGCUAUCUUGACUUUACACGGUAGGCAGUGGAGACAACUGAGAAUUUCUGAGAAAACAGUGUUCUCGAGAGAACAGAUCUUCUGUGUUCUAUUUCUCUACGUGUUUCUGCCGCGGAACGUCAUCCUGGCCUCCUACAAUCCGGCGUGGUCUUUCGGUAAUUUCCGUGGAGGAGGAAGAGGAGGAACCGGAGGAGGAGGAGCAGGAGGAGGCAGCGUACAGAUUAUAACCAACAUGUUUGAUCAACUGAAAGAACUGGUCAGUGACGUCACGAGUCAAGUGUUGCAGAAGAAUGUGAAGGCUGCGAGCGACGUCGAGUAUCCGGCGUACGGCGUGACGGGGCCGCACAAGGAUGCCAAGCAGGCGGGCGGCGACCGCAAGCUGGCACAGAGCGCACAGAUGUACCACUACCAGCAUCAGAAGCAGCAGAUGAUUGCGCUCGAGAAGGCAAGCAGCGAGAUGAAGGACAAUGUGUCGGAUGAUGAGAGCGGGGAGGAGGACGAGGAGGGAGACUACACCGUCUACGAGUGUCCAGGCCUCGCACCGACCGGCGAGAUGGAGGUGAGAAACCCGUUGUUCACCGACACCAGAACACCGCACGCGAGCGACAACGGGGAGGAGCAACGCGACUCCGACCCGUAGAUUCCUUCCCCGCCCACCAGGGGGCGCCGCUGCCACGCCGAGGAGCGUCCGCGCGCCGCUGCCGAGUCGCUGAUCACGCCUACCGAGGGAGCCAGGUUGCCGGGGUCGUCGUUUCGAGCUGCCUCUUGUUGUUUUUUAAAUCGUCGUUGUUGUCGACUAACCAGAACUAACGGGUCGCGAGACAUUUGGUUGUUUUUUUGCAUUUUUUAAUCGCACGACAGACAACUAACCACCACCUCCCCAGGGGUCUCACUCAUCGAGAAUUUUUUUAUUUUUAAAUGAGUCACGUACUUGUCGUGCACGGAGCAGACGAAAACGACGCCCAGACCCUUCCCGAUAUCCCGCUCUCCCGCUAUCCCGCUCGCAAGUCACACGGCUUCUCGAUUUGUUAUUAUUAGGAUUAUUAUCAUUGUGAUUGUUUAUGUUGUUGUUAUUAUUAUUAUUAUUAUUAUUGGAAGCUAAAUCAUUCCGGCGAGCGAACGAUGCGGUAUCAGGCGCGCAGGAGGCGUGUCGGCAUAGGCGAGAUGCGCGCGGCAGUGGUGCCCUCUAGUGGGAAAAAUGAGUACCGUAGAGAUGUUGACGAUGGUCGUUAGUUUAAUUCCCCGGAAACCUGCUGGGUGACACUAUCGGGAAUUCUCCCCCCCCCCCCUGCAUUCCGAGAUUUUUAACGCGCCCCGACGUGACAAGGAAGUGGACGUCGGCGGUUUUUCCCCCACUUUUAAACAAAAAAUCUCUGCGGAUUUCGCUCUCGGACAUUCCGCGCAGAGUCGGCGUGGUGGUUUUUAUCUGGUCGCUAUGGCGACGACCGACCAAUACUCUUGAUUCGUUACCGGAAAAUCCUAGACGUUGACAUGUACAUUGUAAGAUAUAUAUCUCAAGGGCAGCCCCCAGGUUUGGCUGGCCCGAAAACCAACGCAGGUUUACGGCGUCAGUCCACUGCGCCCAGUUCAAGACUGGCUGCCCCCCCCCCAAUCCACGUCCCAUGAUUCUACCCCAAAGAUGUGUGUAUAUACGGUAUAUAUAUAUGAAUGAAUAUAUAUAUAUAUAUAUGUUGUUGUAUAUUGUAUAUUUUAUCAAGUGUGAGAGAUACAAAAAGAGAAACGGAGAGAGAGAGGAAGAGAAAGUCGAAUCGAUUCGAAAUCAGGACUUGGUACAUUCCGUGUAGACCACCUGCUGUGACGUAACUGCCGGGGCGCAUACUGUCACCGUCACUACCCCCUCGCAGAGAAAAUCCGAUAACCGGAUUCACCCCCUCUACGCGGGUCUAAAGUGAGAACGCAAGUCAUUCCUCGAGUUGGAAGCUAUUAAUAUAUAUUUGAAAUCGCCGUGUGGGCCACAGAACGCCGCCCCUGACCCCACCCCCUACACUGUCGCCCCCGCCGCCUACACCAUCACCCCUGACCCUCAUAGCACUGCCCCGCCCCUCAGUGGGCGUGGCUGGUGUUGCGGAGGGUGGAUAAAGGGACGUCACAUCUAGUCAUGGGGGCGUGACGAUCGAACGGAGAGGCGAUCGGACGUAAUCCUGUUAGAAUGGCGGCAAAUCGAAGUGCUCGAUGGGGACCACAUGAAAGUCCAGAAUGAAGUCAUGUUGUUUUGCGGCGUUCCUCGCCGCUUCCAUUCCACGCGCGAAUCGUACUGGAGUGUCGCUCGCUGCCACCAGCGGCACGCCCGGUGGGGGACGUUCCCCGCGUUUGUCCCCCGCACGCAUGCGCGGCGUGAUCGCGCGGUGGCGCCCCCUUCCGGCGUGCCGCUGUCGGUGUCUGUUGUCAGCGUGAGUGGAUAAGGAAGAACUGUUGUCGUAGAGUAGUAGUACAGCCAGUAGUAGCAGUUCAUCCGUAGUAGUCUCUCCCACCUCCCUCCAUCGUCUGGUAGUACCACCUCUCACCCACCCCCGCCCACCCCGAAGCCAACCUAGUCAUUAUAACACUGGUCAUUUAUAUUAUAGUAUCGGUAGGCUCGCGUACAUGUACAUGCCUAUAUGCGUAUAGUCGCGUGUAUGUAUGUACGUAUGUGUGUAUGUAUGUGUGUGUGUGUAGGAUAAACUGCGGUGAUCGUGAUGGUGUAUUUACCAGCGGUUACGAUGUGAUUUUUCGCGAUGCUGCGUUGCUGGAAUUGCUUCUGUGCACACAUACGUAUAUCUAGGCUCCCUCCCCCUGAUUUUGCUGGCUAAUCGAUAGGUGGAGAAGUUGUCAGUACGUACUCGUGGUGAAUAUUGUGUCGGACUAUUGCUGCUAUGCAUUGCACAUCUUUCUAAUCCUCACACUCUGUCACCUCAGAGCACGCCCACUCUACCCUCCUC